AAGCGGAAUCGCUGCCUUGAAGCACCAAUAGCAGCGCAGAACGCAGAGUUUCGCGCGGAAUUCGGUUCUUCUAGUCUGACGUACUGUUCGCGGGAAAAAAAUCCCACCAGAUAGCAACAGGAGAAGAAAAGAGACCACCGGUUAACGAUCGGGCGCAGUUAUUAGUGUGUAUAUCAGCUCGGCUGCCGUUGGAGUAUGAGGAUGUUUUUCCGCUCUAUUGUUGACAGAGGGGUGGGCAGACGGAGGCUGAAUGCAUUCCCUGCAGAUCCUAGUUCCAGGAUCCCUUUGAGCUCACUGCUGGGUGGCUACCAGUGCGUCCGGCACGACGAGCACAUCUCGUACGGGAACGCGGGUGACUCAGUGCCACCGUUUGGGCUGACCUUCUCCUGUGCUGGAGACAUGCACAAUGUCCUCGCAGCAGCUAAUGAAGAAGGCAUUGUUAGGAUCUAUGACACAGAGAGUCGUGAAAACCCUCUUCUUAAAGAAUGGCUGGCUCACGAGAACGCUGUCUUUGACAUCGCGUGGGUGCCGGGGGAGCCUCAGCUGGUGACGGCUGCAGGGGAUCAGAUGGCCAGGCUGUGGGACGUGAAGUCUGGGGAACCGUUAGGAAGCUUUAAAGGCCACCUUUGCAGCCUUAAGUCGGUUGCAUUCGCACCAGAAGAGAAAGCUGUUUUCUCCACUGGGGGCAGAGAUGGAAAUAUUAUGGUCUGGGAUAUCAGGUGCAGCCAGAAAGAUGGUUUUUACAGGCAGGUGAAUCAGAUCCGUGGCGCUCACAACAAAUCUGAGACAAACCUUCCCUCCAAAACGAAGAAAAGACGGAGCUCCAUGCGUGGUAUGGCUCCUAGCGUGGAUACCCAGCAGAGUGUAACAGUGGUUUUGUUUCGCGAUCAGCACACCCUCAUCUCCUCGGGUGCUGUUGACGGGGUUAUAAAGAUGUGGGAUUUGAGGAAGAACUACACGGUAUACCGUCAUGACCCUGUGCCUAUGCAGACCUAUCCAUAUGCAGGCUCUUCCACUCGGAUGAGACUGGGAUAUUCUGGACUUGUUCUAGACUCCUUCAAGUCCAAUAUCAUGUGUAACUGCACAGAUGACAGCAUUUACAUGUUCAACGUCUGUGGAAUAAAGACAACUCCAGUGGCAGUUUUCAGUGGACACCAGAACUCCUCAUUCUAUGUCAAAUCCACGAUCAGCCCCGAUGACCAGUUCUUGGCCAGCGGGUCCAGUGACAAUCACACGUACAUUUGGAAGAUUUCCGAUCCUCAACAUCCUCCCAUGAUGCUCCAGGGUCACAAUGAGGAAGUGACCUCUGUCGCGUGGUGUCCGACAGAUUUCACUAAAAUUGCUUCCUGCUCCGAUGAUCACACUAUACGGAUCUGGAGGCUUCACCGGGAAACGGAUGGAGCGCAGUCAUCAGUGGGUGAAGCCAACCUUGUAGGCUGGGCAUGUCCCAAAUCUCCCACAAUUCCUAUAGUCAGAGCUUCAACACCCCCUGCGAAGACCCAGAGGACGCAGAGUCUUGGUGGCCUCACCUCGCCCCAGCUUGCUUUCUGUGCCUCUAACGGAGCUGCCCUGCCUCUCCCUUCCAACACCACAUCCACGAACCGCCCCAUCCCAGUUCCCGUUCAUCAGAUAACUCCAACUUCUAUCCGGCAGUGGCUAUCUUCAACCCAUGAAUCUCAAAGUCGGGUGCUGAGACCGUGUCCUCUGAGCCCAGUGAGCAGCUCCUCUCCUACAGAGAGACGGGCCAGACGCAGGCUGGAAACAGGUGAAAGCUCACCUUCCGGCUGUGAGGACAACGCACAGUGCGAGUCUGUUUCAGAACUCUACCCCGCAGGUAAAAGAAGCCGCGUCCUGUUUGAUGUAUGCUCCCCCUCUCAGGAGAGCUCAGGACAGACAAACUGCCACACAGAGAGCAGCCAAUCAGUUACCUCAAGGCAGGAUGGGAAGGAGAACUGUUCUCCCAGAGCAGGGAACUGGUUGUCAGAAAUGGGAAAAAACAUAAAACAAAGUCGAGGAGGUCCCAGUGCACAUAAGAAACGAGACGGGAAGACACCCACUUCACCAAUGCUCCACUCACCAAAAACCAUGAAAAUCUCCAUGUAUUUUGCAAAACGAAAUCAGGAAUGAUCUGUUUCAACCACAAAGAUGCUGUAGUUUUAUUUUGGGUCUUAUUUUAAUCUGGGUGCACAGAGUUCGAUGACACGGUGAAUUUCUUUAUACUUGGUUACUCGAUUUUGCAGUAAUAUUUAUUCAGUUUACUGUUACCUCCUGCACAGAUAUCUGAUGCCUGAAAACAUGCCAUCAUCUCAGAAAUAAGGUUGCAUGUUGAUAAAUCUGCCAUUUUAUUCCAUUCUAAUAAUUUCAAGAGAUGCUUAAGCUGCUACUAAAAUGGCUCACUUGAUUUGUUUAAACCCUUUUCAAUGGGUUUCUUAUUAAUUUUAAAAUGUUGACCCGUGGAUGUACAUUGCUUUUUUUAACUGCAACGUAAAAUUUUGAUCAAAAUUACACAUGUUCUUUUUUUAUAUGGCCCUCACUAUCUGAAAUCAGUUAAUUCAGAUCUUUAUAAAUUUGUGGGUUAUUAAUGCAUAAGUUUAUCUUCCAUCAGUGUUAGAUGGAUGUUUUUCAGAAAGUUUUUUGUUCCAUUUCUGAACAGAUAUUGUUUAUAUGUACAUAAUAUUCAAAAUCUGUUGCUUGGUUUUUUUGUAUUUAAGUGACACGAUUUUUCAGUAGUCAGAUUUUAUUAAAUUUAAAAACGUU